AAGAUAAUUGCUUUAAUCAAACAAUGAUCGCUAGAGUUCAAUUAUUUUUCUUUGCAGAACACUGGAUUAUUUCUCAACGCAACGAAAUUCUGUUGUUUUAAACGGAUCUUUGCUGUUUUUUGCAUGCAGGAACGCGUAUUGUUGUUUUUUGUAUUUAACUUAAGUCUGAAAUCGGAACAUGCUUUAUCUACUCGUUACAAUUUGAAAUAUACAAAUCACAUCGUAGUCUUAGAGAUGACGUACACAGAUUUAGAAUACAUGAUUUAUGAAGAAUAUAUAUCAAUAAUACAAGUUUUAAUUUAAAGCAAAUUGAAAUAUUGGAUAAAUAAAUCAAAGAGAAAUAAUUUCAAUAUGUUUAAACGCUUUUGUAAAAGGAAUUACCGUUUAAUACAAUUUCUGAGCUUUAUUAUUUUUGUCUUGAUAAUAAGUGGAAAUUUAUUUGAGAGCUACAUAGUGGAAAUACCAACCUGGGUGAGGACGGAAAAAUAUCCGCCAUUUGAACCGGAGCUGCACGAAGAUUUCCAGACCGUGGCGACAAUAACUCCAAAAAUACCACACAUUUUACAUCAGUACAACACAAAUCUAAAUAUACCAAUAUCAUAUGUGACAAAUAUAAAAAGUUUCUUAUUUUACAAUCCUAGCUGGAAGUAUUCGUUUUGGACAGAAGAAACAUCUCGACAGCUUAUAGCUGAUAGACACCCAUCACUAAUCCCGACUUGGGAUGCUUAUGCAAAUUUUGAAAUAAGAUCAAGCAUAAUUCGUUAUGCACUACUUUACGAGUUCGGCGGUGCCUUCAGUGACAUGAAAGUGAAAUGUCUAAGAUCAUUGAAAAGGAUAACUUACAAGUACGCAUGCGUACUUCCAGCACGUUCGUUUGAACUUGUUUCAGUAAAAGAACAUAGACCAUACGUUCUUUCUGACAAUGUAAUAUUUUGUAGAUCUAAACAUCCGUUUUUGAAGCAGAUUAUUGAUAAUAUACCGCUUUAUCAACCUAUGAUAGAUAUAAACGAUGCAAUUGGAGCCCAUUUCCUAACUAGUCAAUAUAUAAUAUAUAAUAAUCUACAAUCAUAUUAUAAUUUGGUAUAUAAAGACGAUCAAUUAUCAAGUAAUUCACCGUUUAUUUAUAGGGGAGAACUUCCAGAUACACAUAUGAACGCAGUGUUUGUUUCAAAUUCGAAAUAUUUCCCUACAAAUGUCUACUCUGUAUAUCCGCUUUGUCAGGACUUCUUUGAUCUUUCGUUCUUACAGAAGAGAGGAUGUAUUGAAUUGAACAAAAGACGUGAAAACUCUAUCUUUGCAUUUACUUAUGAUUCUUAUAAAUUACGUCGAUUUGAAAAAAUAAUAAAUUAUUUUUUGUCAAUUAAAAUAACACAUAUUACAAACGUGGAUGUUUAAGAUAAAUAUAUGUCUUUACAAGUAAUAUGUAUGAUGUCUUUACAAGUAAUAUGUAUGUGAUAAAUCAUACACCAGCCUAUGCUGAAGUCGAACAUGAUUGAAGUAAAUGGUAUAUGGGGCGCGACUGUGUUUGUGAACUAACUAUAAUACAAUGAUCCCCUAUGUGAUCAAAAGUUUAAGACAUAUACAUGUAUAUUCAGACAUAUCCAGACUCAGACUUGGAUUGGAAAUGCCAAAUUAAAUCAGCUAAGAUGUGAGUUGGAAACUGAUAAGUUUUUUACCUACCAAAACGGACCGUUUUAAUGGAAUACGCAAAAUUUCAUGUUUUGGUCCUCCUGGGCUCCUUGCCACUGGUUCUUGUUGCUGGGUCGUGGAGAUGUUGCGUUCAUUAAACGCCGCCUUUCCUUGUUGAUCUUGAUUAGCAUAUUUUAACUUCAAAAGAGAACAUGAAUCGACACAGUCGUCACAUAUGAUGUUUCAUUCUUCCGUCAACUAGGAUGCCAUAAUGUACAAAGGUUUAUCUAUUAAGCAAUUCGCCUAGAAUAAAAGAAACGAAUGGUAUAUAACAAAGUGUUUUAAAAAUCAGAAAGAAGAUAUGGAAUACAAAAACGAUCCUACUAAUGAGAUUGAGAUUAAAAUGUGUUCAUAAGGAAGACGUGGACAGUGCUAUUUAACCCUUCUAAAUACUUUAUGCAAUGUUUUAAGUAGAUAUGUAAACUAACAUGCUAAGUAUCAUUUAGUAUGUCAGUUUGAAACAAUUGUAAAAUAUGUAUUUUGCUAUAGAACAACCUUAGGCAGUCCUGUUUAUGUACCGAUAUGCAGACUUCCAAGCUUCCAUCCAUGUUUCAGCAUAAACGAUUUUAGUACAGUUUGGGGCAGCCAAUUAUCAUAAGUAGACAUAUGCAUGGAUAUUGUUUUUAACACAUUGCAUGCAAUUCAUUAUAUCACUUUACAGUUAUAGACAAAACCAACGUACAACCUUUGUACUCAUCUAUAUUAGCUUUUUAUUGACACAUGUACAUUACAUGUGUACAGAUUUAAUGCUUGUGAUUAUUUUAUUGACCUCAUAAUAUACUUGAAUAGGUAUACAUCAAUGUGAUUGUUUAUAUUUAUAUGUAAAUGAUAUGUAAUUUAAGAAAAGAAAUUUAUACUUAAAAAUGCAAAGACUGUGAUAUUAUAUUCUUAUAAAGUAUAAAAUAUUGAGAAAUGUGUGCCUUAACUCUUGUUUUUCUUCUUUCUUUGUGUUGCAUUAUCUUUAGCAAUGAUGUUUCAAAGAUUUAUUUGAGGAGGCUGUCGUACAGCAAUUGAAUGUA